CGGCUCCACGCUGACCCUCCCUGGCGCUGCCGCGACCUCGCGCCGCUCCGGGACCUUCAAAGAGACGCCGAGGAGGACUCGGGCAUUCCGCGCCACGCCGCCCGGUUACCUGGAGCUCGGCGGCGGCCGGUCGCUCGCGUCCCCUCACGCAGCCCGGCGCGGAGAAACCUGCGGCGCCAUCUUGCACUGGAGGCUGCUGGGAGGCGCGCGGCUGCGCAGGCGCCGAGCUCGCGCUCCCGCAGAGCGGCGCACGCGCUGUCGGCCCGCCGAGCGAGACGCCACGCCCUCCCCGCGCUCGGACGCACGCACGGAGACUUCCGAAAGCCGGCCGGCGCUCCGGCCGCUGAUUGGCUGGAAGCAUUUACUUAUUCAUGAAGGGGCGGGCCGAGCCGGACAGCCUUUGUUAACCGGGGAGGGCGCGGCCGGGGGGAUCUUCGUUGCGGGCUUCGCAGGCUCUGCUAGCUCACCAGCUUGGGGUCGAGAUGUCCUACAUCCCGGGCCAGCCUGUCACCGCCGUGGUGCAAAGAGUUGAAAUUCACAAGCUGCGCCAAGGUGAGAACUUGAUCCUGGGCUUCAGCAUUGGAGGUGGAAUUGACCAGGAUCCUUCCCAGAAUCCUUUCUCAGAAGACAAGACGGACAAGGGCAUUUAUGUCACACGGGUGUCUGAAGGAGGCCCAGCUGAAAUUGCAGGGCUGCAGAUAGGAGACAAGAUCAUGCAGGUGAACGGCUGGGACAUGACCAUGGUCACACACGAUCAGGCCCGGAAGCGGCUCACCAAGCGCUCGGAGGAGGUGGUGCGCCUGCUGGUGACGCGGCAGUCACUACAGAAGGCCGUGCAGCAGUCCAUGCAGCAGUCCAUGCUCUCCUAGCAGCCUGCUGGCCCGGUCCCAGUGUGCCUGCCACCUCUGUGUGCAGUCACCCCACUUCCAUGGGCUCUGCGCCUCGUCCUGACUUCUGCUGACUGCGGGUCCCAGCACAGAAGGUCCAGCGUUUAUCCCCAGGCCUGACCAGCUCUUCUUCCUUUCUUGUACCUACUGGCCCUAGGCUCCGGGGCCAGCUCUCUCCCUUAAACACCGAGUGGAAACUAGCACCUGCAGCUGAGUUCUAGUCAGUUUGUAGUGACUACAGGCUCACAACCUUCCCAACCCCCGGCAGUGCCCACCCAGGCAAGCAGGAAGCCCCACAAGCCUAGAUCUGCUGUGGAGCUGGGCAAGGGCAGUGAACUGGCCUCACCCACACUGUGUCCAGGUGCCCCAGUUCUGCACGCCCUGUGUUUCUCGACAUUGCCCAGAGGAGACUCGACACACUACCAAAAGCUUGCCUGGAUGGACACCAGGCAGGCACACAGUUCUCUCCAUCACAUCCACACUCCCUCAAGGGGCGCUGGUCUCCCCAAGAUUCACCGCUUCCAGCAUUAGACGAGGCUGGAGGCUGCCAUGUCAGGGUGGUCUUAGGAUUGCCCCGUUUUCCUCUAAGCCUGUUGGUUUAACUUUUGUAUUUUUGUAAUCACAACUUUGAUACAAAGUGUUUUUAUUCGA